AAAAAAUUUUGCGUACUAUUGUACGCAGUUUUUUUAAAAAUGCUGUCUACAAUUGCCAAACGUACCUUGGGGUGUGGAUUAAAGAGUGUGCGUAAUGAAAUAUGCUUACCAGCAAUAACACAAGUACGUGAUAGCUCCCUGGAGGCUCAGGACAAGAAAGAUGUCAGCAAGCUGGAGAAGAAACCGUACAGUCCGUUUCAAAAUACCAACAAUUUAGCAGAGUAUGCGUUGGCACGUGUCGACGAUCUUAUUAACUGGGGUAGGAAGGGUUCGUUGUGGCCACUGACAUUCGGGCUGGCUUGCUGUGCUGUCGAGAUGAUGCACAUCGCAGCUCCUAGGUACGAUAUGGAUCGCUUUGGAAUAGUAUUUCGAGCUUCUCCAAGACAAGCUGAUGUUAUUAUUGUUGCGGGUACUCUCACCAAUAAAAUGGCACCGGCUCUGAGGAAAGUUUAUGACCAAAUGCCAGAGCCCAGGUGGGUCGUAUCCAUGGGAAGCUGCGCCAAUGGAGGAGGAUAUUAUCACUACAGUUACUCGGUGGUACGAGGAUGUGAUCGGGUUGUUCCUGUGGACAUUUACGUACCUGGUUGUCCCCCAACAGCAGAAGCUCUACUUUACGGGCUUCUCCAGCUCCAGAAGAAAGUGAAGCGUAUGUCGGUAGCCCAAGUGUGGUACAGGGCUUAA